UCAAGAGCGAUAGUGGCGCAAAAAUGGCCGAAGAUAGUAUUCCUAACCUUAGCCGACCCCAGAUGUAUUUGUUUGGGUGCUCACUCAAGGCAGACAAGAAAGAAUACAAAGUGGAAGUGGAUGAUGAUGACGCGGAACACCAGCUGUCACUCAAAGCCGUGUGUUUGGGUGCGGAUGCAGAGGACAAAUUCCACACGGUCGAGAUCGAGGGGAUGACGUAUGAAGGGAAGUCCACUAAGUUUCCCCUGGUGGUGCUCAAACCCUCUGUGCUGCCAUCGGUGAGUUUGGGGGGAUUUGAGGUCACGCCUCCCGUGUGCUUCCGGCUCCAGUCAGGAAGUGGACCCGUCUACAUCAGCGGCCAGCAUUUUGUCAGUGUGAAGGACUCAGAUGAUGAAGAAGAGGAGCACAACACGUCACCGGUGAAGAGACCCUCGCACAUUUCUGCACGAAACGCUCCUCUAAAGAAAAAGCUGAAAAUGGAUUCUGACGUGGAUGACAGUGAAGAUGACGAGGAUGACAGUGAUGAUGACGAAGAUGACGAUGAGGAUGAUGAAGAUGUGAAGCCAGCCAAGACAAGUACACUAAAAUCACCCAAAAAGAGUAAGGUCCCCCAGGAGAAGAGGCCAAAGAGCUCGCUCAAACAGAACGGGCCUGCGGGGAAAGCCCACGCCUCCAAGGCAUCGGCGGGAGGCGGUAAAGAUAAGGCGAGUCCCGGCCCCUCAUCCUCGUCCUCAUCCGCCAAGGGCCUCAGCAUGAGCGAGGUCAAGAGCAAGCUCACGGCCGCUGUCAAGGAGGGCAAGCCCCUCCCAAAAUCGGAGCAGAAGUUUGAGAAUUUUGCCAAAAGUGCUUUCAAGAUCUCAGAUAAGCAGGUGGUGAAAGACCUCUGGAAGUUCAUGCAGACGUUGAGACCGGAUAAAAAAUAAUUAUGCCGUGUGGCGCUGUUGCCCUGUCAUUUACUGUAACUGUGCCCCCCACCCCCCACCCACUCCUUUAGUCCUUUUGUCCCUCGCCUCUCCUCGCCUCGCCUCGCCUCUGAAGACCUGGACGGAGAAAUGUUGUGUCCUCAGCCUGCGCUGGGCGAUGCGUGUACACACUUACACAAACACAACAUAUAAACACACACACACACAUACACACAUGCAGACACUCAUAGAUAAAUACACACAAGUGGCAUAAAGCACACUCUCAUCAUCCCUAACUGUCAUACACACACACACACACACACACACACACACACACACACACACACACACACACACACACACACACACACACACACACACACACACACACACACACACACACACACACACACAUGCGUUGUUUCCGCUGCAAGACCUUGGUAGUCCCAUGUUGCCCACUGCGUGUGAGUUGGCAAUGGAGAGGACUUCAUGGACAUAUGUAAAGCAUUGAAAACGUCCGUCCUGAGAUUAUCAUUGCUAUGUGGACCUCCUCUCCAGCCAGCCUCCAAGGAUGCCCGUCCCCAUCCCCCCUGAAUCUUCCUUACUGCACAAAAAGAACAUAUGAUGGGAUUUUUAUGAAUGAUACAGAUGCUAUCGCUACAGUGCUGAAACUGUACAAGUUUAAAAGCUAUUGUAAUUUGGGGGAAUGUUCAAUUAGUGAAAACAGGCUUGAUAUUACAUGUCAUGUCAACUCUUUGUUUUGUUUUGUUAUGUACUUGGUUUGCUUAGGUUCGGUCGUGUGCGAUGUCAUUUCCCAGCCUUCUAGUGUCAUUUUAACAUGCAUCUUUGGCAACAUACUUCAUACCACAGGCAACGACUUACUGUAUUUGGCACAGGGCCUUGCACUCACCUCACUCACAGAGGAGCAGAAAAUGAAUUACCAUAUUGACACUGAUGGUGACAUUACUUUGAAUUUUUGACUGAUAUGAUUUAUGUUUUUCUACCCAGCGUGUGUGCUAAAUCUAUGUCCCUUUGAUUACAAUCCUUUAAUCGGUUCGGUUAACAUUGAGCCUCGUUUGGGAGAAAGACAGAUCAGCUGUGAGUGUAAACAGAGCCCAAGAGACCACACACGUUUCCACACACGUUUAACUCCUUAGCGUAUAGACUCUCUUAUAACCUUAUUGUCACCAACAUGGUUAUGACCAAGUCUUCAUCUGUUAAUUAAGGCUCUGCUAUUGUCAUAUGUUGUCAUGCAAUGUUGAAUGAUAAUAGUAAUGCAAUGUUGUCAUGAUAUAGUUGAGUGUUUGCUGCGAGUUGUUCUCAAGAGUCAAUAGGCCCGUAGACGGACCUGUCUUCUACAGUAAGAGGCUACGUGGGCAGCUGAUUAGGUAGCGUUAUGUACUUGUAGAUUGUUUUAAAUUUUACAUUUUAAAUGAGUAUUCCUGUAAUGUUUUAAACAUUUUAGUUCAAACUUUGUCCUUUGGCAUUUGCAGAUGUUUUAAGCUCCUCUGAGUCUGUGCAUUAGUCAGCAUAUCAGCGAAUGGACGGCAUGCACAUCUCUCUCUCUCUCUCUCUCUCUCUCUCUCUCUCUCUCUCUCUCUCUCUCUCUCUCUCUCUCUCUCUCUCCCUCUCUCAUCUCUCUCUCUCAUCUCUCUCUGUCCUGGCUCUUCAUACCUUGCGCAUACCUGGGGAGCGUUUUUUUGGCAGCAAUGGCAGCUUAGUGUGCAAUGAGGGCUAGCUGUGUGAGGUCCAGGCACACUGUAUUGUAUGUACUGUAUGUAGAAUCCAAGGGUUCCAUCUCCCAGGGAAACGCAAAACAUUCCUUCUGCCCCUCGGAGGAUUCUGCUUUUUUGUAACACCAAAGGUUUCCGUCGACGAGCCCUAUAGCUCGAUUCCGUCUGACUUCACUUCCAGGAGAACAUUCCCCCAUCCCAUCCCCUCCAGGCUCAUCUUCUCACCCCAGCAGAGCUGCCUGAGAGGCAGAUGAGAGGGGAUGCACAACAAGCAUGCAGCUGUGGCGGCUGACGAUGUUAGCUGGAGACCCCCUUAAUGCUUCCACCAGAGAAUGGCACGUGGCCACGAAGUGCUGACAUCGGGAAAGACCCCAAACAUAACUCACAUCGCAUCGCAAGGAGCCGUGCUGAAACGGAGUUGAGGGUGCAGACUUGUGCUGGGGGUGGGGGGGAUGUGGGGGAUGAGCUGAGGGGAUUUUAUUGGGAAGGGGGGUGGGGUUGAGGGGGGGUUCUUUAGUUUUGGCCAUGUAUAGGUUUAAUGUGAACGCUUGUGUUAAUUCUUUGAAGUUGUGUGUUCUGUUUAAGCUUGGAAUAUGUUAUCAUCUUCUUCAUGACUUGGUUUGGUUCUCCAGCAUUGUGUUUGUCAUGUUCAUAAUUGUUAUAGGUUUGUGUUCUUACCAUUUCCUGUGAGCGACAAAAAUAUGAAUUUGUUCUGGUAAAGGGACAUUGAUGAUA